AUGGGUCGUUACGACUUUCGUCCAUUGCGUGUGCAUCAAACAGCUACACAACAGUUUCAAGCGCAGAAAACCCGCCAUUUGCCUCCAUGGCACGGCGUGAUUGGUGCUGUUCCCCCUACCCAAAUCCUCGUUCGUGGCCAACCUGUACCUCAUCAACGACGAAAAAAGGGUCAAACGAAGAAAUCUAGUAAGCUGUUCCAGCCGCAGAAGAUCACGUACGAAGAGGACGAGUAUCGAGCGGACUUUUUCACAGAUCAUCCAUGGGAGCUGGCCAGACCCAGGAUGAUUCUGGAAAAUGAUGGGAAAGACUCGCAGAAGACGGACUGGAGACAGAUUCGCCGGCCGGAAAUACCGCUGAGUGGAGAAAGUGUGGUUCAACGACAGAUGUGGCUCCAGCAUGAUAAGCCCGAGAUGAGCAAGUCUGAAACGUAUGACCAAGCAAGAAAAGAAUUCUAUGAGCUACGGUUACUGGAGGAUACCGAGCGGAGAGUCGCCCGGGAGGAGGCUCUUAUGAUGGGGGCACAAUUUGGUCUGUCACCCAUGGAGGUGGGAAUGAAAUUAGAGGAUGAUGAGUAUGAGAGAUGGAAAGUCUGGGCACAGCAGCAAACAGAGUUGGACCAGCAGAGGAAUGCUGCUAUGUUUGUCGGGACUGAAACAGCAGACAUGGCAGAUGCAUCAAGGGAGGAAGGGUCCGCAGCAUUAGAAGAGGUCUCUGAUGCAAUUCCUGUGCAAGGUCAAAAUGCAGAAGGCGGAGCCAUGUUUAUACACCGAUACGAAGUCGGUGCACGGAAGCCUUUGACCACCCGUGAAUGUAUAGAGGCAUUUGAAGAUGAGUUGGAGAAGAUAAAACAAGCCGAAAGGCAACUGCUAGCGGGCAGCGGCUUUUCAGGCGAUGGUACCCGGCUUCCCAAGCUCUCCUUACCUAUGAGCAAGAGAAAUUUGGCUUCAAUACCAAGUGAAGUUAUCUCUAUGAUUCGAGACGAUGUCGCGAGAUUGAAUGUUUCUCACAACCAGCUGAACUUCAUAUUUCCUGAGUUCGCAACUUGUUCUGCUCUCAAGUAUCUGAAUUUGCGAGACAACAGAUUUCAAGAGAUUCCCCAGGCCAUUCUUAGCCUCGGCCAACUUGAGAUCCUCGAUGUAAGUCACAACCAUAUCAGGAUCAUUCCAGACGAGAUCAGCAAUCUGAAAGUCCUACGAGUCUUUUCUAUUCGCCAUAAUGCUAUUGAGGAUCUCCCUCCGAGUCUCGGUAAGAUUAAAAGCCUUCGAAUGCUGAAGGUAGAUGGGAACAACUGGAAAGAAGAAUUGGUGGGAGGGGUAGAAAAGAUCACACAAGCCUCUGGUUCCCCAAUGCCGGCAAAUUCUGCCGAAGAGGAGACAUUCAUAACGUCUUGUUUCUUGCAAUACCUUCGAGAAAAGCAGACUGAAGUGGAGCAAUUGAAUGAUGGCCCUCUUGAAACCCCUAAAGCUCUAUCACGCUUCCCCGUCAAUCCUAAUGACGCGGGGUACCUCACCAACGGAUUAGACCCAGCUUCGGGGCCUCGCUCGCCUGGUUACUCAAACCCCUCUAUUAGGUCACACAGCCGUGGCGCAUCAAGUCAACAUGUCACCCCGCAGAACGGUGCGCUGCGAAGGCCAGGUCUUGCACCGCUCACUUUGAGCAACGAGAGAAACAGGAGUAACAGCGAGAGUGUCCUGCAAGCCACAUACACCAGGACGAAGCGAAUGGGUAUGGUUCCGAAAAAGCGGACCGAGUUACAAGUACUAGAUGAAAAUCGCGCGCAACGAAACAGCUAUCAUCUACGAGGUCAAAGCCAUAGUUCAGCCUUGCGAAAUGUGUUACGACCGGGCGAUAACAGUCCAAAUAGUGAUGCAAACCGCAACAGCGGCCAGAAUGGGAUAUUUAUAAGACGACUAUCUAGUGUGCCAGAGCAGAAACAGCACAUGCAGGAACAUGAUGGUCUUAUUCAAUGUGCAAAGGGAGUGCUAUAUUCAUUACAUCUGGUGCAACCGCACCUUUCGCCAUUGGUGGCGGUUGCCAAAGAAUCAAAUUCGAAACGAACCUCUUUGGAACGGACCCAACAUCAGGCUUCAGUCCAUCUUGAGGACCUUGAUCAUUCGCUGCAUGACUUUGCAGGCGCUACGGGCAAGGGCAGAAAGGCAAAGCAAUCUGCUCGGAAAAAGGUUUGCCAGGCUAUUCACGCUUCAUUAAGCAUAUACGGUCAAAUCGCAGGCAUUCUCUUGAAGAGCAUUAAUCAGCUGAUUGUGGAUUGUGAUCCGCGGUACGUUCGUACGCUCAUGUUGCUCCUAUAUGGGAGCACAAAUGAGAAACGCAACGCCCGUCGCACACUCCCACCUAAGCAGAGUGUGACUCAAGAUACACUUAAGAGCAUUCCUCCUUCGAGACAGCCUUCAGAACCUAGAUCUGUCAACAGAGAAGACGCCCUUACGCCGACCCAAAAUCACCCCAGACCUGGAUCGCGCCUACGGAAUGGAAGUGUGACUAAACAAACGCUUAAUCAGACAAAUAUUGCAUCUGUUCUCAAUCCUCAGAGACAUCCACUACCAUCCUCGACAGCAUCAAGCCGGGCAAGCAGUCGAUCAGCUAGUCGAACUGGGCACUAUUUUCCACCGUCAUCCGCAAGUUCAAUUAUAGGUACGCCAAGGUCCGGAGAAUCCUUUGGCGGUGCUCUCCCAGUCCCUCGUUCGCGUCAAGGUAGUGUCUCCUUACAUUCGGAACGAUCACAGCAAUUGCAGCCGGAGAACGACAUGUUUGAGAAAAUCUUUCUUCACUUACAAACCGCCGUUGGACAAAGUCUGGACGCGAUCGCGUUCAUUGAGCCUCGUGUACUAGACAAUCUCAAUGCGUCGCGAAAACAGUAUUCACCCAUCAAUAUCCAAAAACUGUGGGAGCGAAUCUCGAGCUAUACUCAACUUUGUGGAGGCCUGAGCGAAAGUUUGAACGGUCGCCUUCAACAAGUCAAAGUAAACGACCCUGACGCUCGCAACGCCCCAGGCUUCUGGAGACUCACUGCACGAUUUGUACAUGCAUAUAGCGAUCUUGCAGCGUCACUUAAAGAGGCACGAAGAUUCAAUCAGAUGGACCCUGAGUUACGUCAUCGUCUUCGUCCUGUUCAUACGCAUUUGACUCUAGCUUGGAAGAUUAUCGAACGAUCUCCGUGGCAGAAAUUCACAGGGGAAAAUCUGCCGCCUUCACAGGUCCAAUCCCGAGCACCAACGCCCGUACAGACCGCAUUUCCUACCAACCAGCCCCAGGUCUAUCAUCCGCCAGUGCCAUACCCUUCAAUGGCGACUCAUCAGCACUACCAGCAUCGGCGCCCCAAUGGAUCUCAUGAGUCUGGAACAGAAUCCGUCUCGAGUCCACAAAAUGGCAGUGUGCCUGCCACGCCAUUGUCUGCCGCUCUAGGGACGGCGGCUCAGGCCACGAUACCGAAGACACCAGCCAGCUCAACCGGAAGGCUGGACAUGGCUUUUGAGGGCAACUUUUUCCAGCGGGCGGAUACCUUGCUGCUGAACGGUCAGCAGACCAUGUUGAGAAGACCUAGUGGGGCUCCAUGA